AAAGCAGGGGACACGCAGACUUACAAGAGAAACAGAGAGUGAGAGAUCCUCUACUCCAUCUUACUUAGUCACAGGUCAAAUUUGCCCACCAGUGAGACGAGAUGGCAUCACAAAUCCCUGCAGAGGAGCUGGAGGAACUGAGAGAGGCCUUCAACAAAGUUGAUAUCGACGGAAAUGGACACAUCAGCACAGAUGAGCUGAACGAACUCUUCAAGGCCGCCAACCUGCCGUUGCCCGGAUACCGCGUGAGAGAGAUCGUGCAGGAGCUCUCCACUACCAUGGACCUGAACAAGGAUGGCAAGAUCACCUUCGACGAAUUCACCAAGGUGGUCAGUAACCUGAAGAGUUCGGAGGUGGCUAAGACCUUUAGGAAGGCCAUCAAUAAGAAAGAGGGCAUCUGUGCCAUUGCCGGCACUUCACAACACUCCAGCUCCGGCACGCAGCACUCCUAUUCCGAGGAAGAGAAGGUGGCAUUUGUGAACUGGAUAAACAAAGCUCUGGAGAAAGACCCAGACUGUCAGCAUGUCCUUCCUAUGGAUCCCUGCUCCAACGACCUUUUCAAGGCUGUAGGGGACGGCAUUGUUCUCUGCAAAAUGAUUAACCUGUCUGUUUCCGAUACCAUUGAUGAGAGAACCAUCAACAAAAAGAAACUCACACCGUUUACCAUACAGGAAAAUCUUAACCUGGCUCUGAACUCUGCCUCGGCCAUUGGUUGUCAUGUGGUGAACAUUGGUGCAGAGGACCUGAAGGAAGGCAGGCAGCACCUGGUUCUCGGCCUGCUGUGGCAGAUCAUCAAAAUUGGCCUGUUUGCUGAUAUCGAGAUCAGCAGAAACGAAGCUCUGGUUGCCUUGCUGAGGGACGGUGAGAAUCUGGAGGAUCUGAUGAAACUCUCUCCAGAGGAGCUGCUCCUGCGCUGGGCCAACUACCACCUGGAACAAGCUGGAUGUUCCAAGAUCAACAACUUCAGCUCUGAUAUUAAGGACUCAAAGGCGUACUACAACAUACUGAACCAGGUCGCACCUAAGGGAGAUGAGGAGGGAAUUCCAGCGAUCAAUAUUGAUAUGUCAGGAAUACGGGAGAAAGAGGAUCUGCAACGAGCAGAGUGCAUGCUGGAGCAGGCCGACCGCCUCGGCUGCCGGCAAUUCGUCACGGCAACCGACGUCAUCCGCGGCAACCCCAAACUCAACUUGGCUUACGUGGCCAACUUGUUCAACAAGUACCCAGCGCUGAAGAAACCCGAAAACCAGGACAUCGACUGGAGCUCCAUUGAGGGUGAGACCAGAGAGGAGCGCACUUUCAGAAACUGGAUGAACUCUCUCGGGGUCAACCCACGUGUCAAUCAUCUCUACCUGGACUUGGCCGACGCUCUGGUUAUCUUCCAGCUGUAUGAGAAAAUCAAAGUGCCAGUAGACUGGGACAAAGUGAACAAACCACCAUAUCCCAAACUGGGCAGCAACAUGAAAAAGCUGGAGAACUGUAACUAUGCAGUGGAACUGGGAAAGAAAGAGGCCAAGUUCUCUCUGGUGGGCAUCGCCGGGCAGGAUCUGAACGCGGGUAACCGCACCCUCACCCUGGCCCUGCUCUGGCAGCUCAUGAGGAGGUACACACUGAACAUUCUGGAAGACCUUGGUGACGGACAGAAGGUGAAUGACGACACCAUUGUCUCGUGGGUGAAUGAAACCCUCUCACAGGCUGGUAAAUCCACCAUCUCGGGCUUUAAGGAUGGUUCCAUAAGCAGCAGCAUGCCGGUUUUGGACCUGAUCGACGCCAUCCAGCCCGGUUCUAUCCGCUACGACCUGGUCAAGACUGAAGAUUUGACAGACGAAGAGAAACUCAACAAUGCAAAGUACGCUAUCUCCAUGGCAAGGAAGAUUGGCGCGCGGGUGUACGCCCUUCCAGAGGACCUGGUAGAGGUCAAACCCAAGAUGGUGAUGACGGUGUUUGCUUGUCUCAUGGCCAGAGGCAUGAAGAGAGUGUGAAGUCAUCAAUGUGUCACAAUUACGACAUGAAACGUGAAAUCAACCUCUCACAGGGCCAAUCAACAAGAAGUCCAAAUCUCGCUUGUUUACAAUUCAGUUGUUUUGUUUUUUUUCUUUUUUGUUUUUUUUUUAUAACUCAUUCACUUCCUUUGUAUUUUCCGAGAAAGGGAAACACAGCAUAUAAGUGUUCUCAGGUAUUUCCUCUAUCAGUGUAAUCAUGAAAUAAAAGAUAACAGCAUCUGAGAUUAAUGUUCAGUUAUAAAUUCAAAUGAAGUGAGUGAUAAAAACAUGUAGUGUUGGAAUUCAGAUGGGGUCUGAAGCGUAUGACUUGUUUCACACUUUACGUUUUGCAUUUUCACAGUCUUUUCUGCAGUGGGAAAAAAAGUGUACUCUG